AAUCUGCAGGAGUACAGCGCAUGCGUGAAAUACGCUAACAUUCCAAACCGGAAAGCUGUCAUUAAACCUCCCAGUGAUUCAUCUUGUUAAACAUACACGAUCUUCGCUGCAACUCUUCUGACAGCUAGCAAGCAACUCUAACAACGCUCUAAACAAGCUGCCUUCCUACAGAGCUGGGCGGACAGGAGAGGGAAGGGGAGAGCUUUAACCCUGGUCUCUCCAGCCGACUCUGAGUAAUCCAGCCAGCCAUGGAUGACAGCUCCUCACUUGGAAAAGUCAGCAGCUCUACAGAGUCCGUGGCCACCGUCACCAGUGAGGAGUUUGUUCUGGUACAGUCCAGUGCUGCUGGGUCACCGCAAGGCUCUGGGGGCAAACCAAGACUCAAGAUGUCUUGGAAUGGGAGUGAGCAGCUGGAGAAAGCAAUGGAGGAGGUGUUGGAUGAUGAUGAUGAAGUGAAGGUGGAGAAGAGCAGUGUGGAAAAGAUGGAGAAGCACAGGGACCCAGAGAGCCGAGUCCUGGAGCCCCAACUUGCAGAAGCAUGUCCAGUACCAUCCAGCCCCACAGUGCUGGAGGAGGACAGCGUCCAGUUCAACAAGUUGUCCUACCUGGGCUGCACAUGGGUCAAAGCCCCUCGCAACGAGGCAGAGGCACAGAGCGCCAUGGCCACUCUGCGGGCUGAAAGCGCCAUCCCCAUCCCUGUCACCCUGCACGUCCCCUGUGGACCAGAUGGCUCUGUCAGGAUUGUGGACCAGGCCUCAGGUACAGAGAUCGCCUCAUUUCCCAUCUACAAGGUGCUGUUCUGUGCUCGUGGACGGGAGGGUUCGGUGGAAAGUGACUGUUUCUCUUUCACUGAGAGUUACCGGAGUUCUGAGGACUUUCAGAUUCACGUCUUCUCCUGCCACAUUAAAGAGGCCGUGAGUCGUAUCCUGUACAGUUUCUCCACAGCCUUUCGCCGUUCUUCCCGGCCGGCAGACAUCAGGGACACGGCACUGUCCAGUCCGCCUGACGGUGACCUCUACACCUUCACUGUCUCGCUGGAGAUCAAAGAGGAUGAUGGCAAGGGCAACUACAGUCCAGUGCCUAAGGACAGAGAUAAGUUUUACUUUAAGCUGCGACAGGGUGUUCAGAAGAAGGUCGUGGUUUCAGUUCAACAAAUGUGCAACAAGGAGCUGGGCAUCGAGAGGUGUUUUGGGAUGCUGCUGAGUCCAGGACAGAAAGUCUGCAACAGCAACAUGCAUUUACUGGACAUGGAAUCGAUGGGGAGGAGCUCUGAUGGGAAGGCCUAUGUGAUCACAGGAACAUGGAACCCCAACAUGGCGGUCUUCCAGCCGCUGAAUGAAGACACACCUAAAGAUAAGCAGGUCUACAUGACAGUGGCAGCGGACCUGGUAGUCACCGAGGUAGUGGAGCCAGUUCGCUUCCUGCUGGAAACUCUGGUCAGGGUAUAUCCAUCAAACGAACGCUUUUGGUACUUCAGUCGCAAGACCUUCAGUGAGACCUUCUACCUCAAACUCAGACAGCAGGCACCAGAGAGAGUGGGUCAGCGCGAUGCUGUGUAUGAGGUGGUGAGUCUUCAAAGGGAGGCAGAGAGAAGCAAUGAAGGAAGAGGACAACUGGCCUCGCCCACUGAGGAAGAAGAGGCUGAUGAAGAUAGUGACAGUGAAAUCUCCAGUGGGACAGGAGACGUUUCUAAAGACUGUCCUGAGAAAAUCCUGGAGUCCUGGGGAGGAAUACUCAACAGAUGGCAUGGGAACCUGUCCACUCGUCCGAAGGGUUUGCCCUCGUUGGUUCGCAGUGGCAUUCCUGAGCCACUCAGAGCUGAAGUCUGGCAGCUGCUGACCGGUUGCCACGACAACCACGACCUGCUUGAGCACUACCGCAUCCUCAUCACCAAGGACUCAGCUCAGGAAGGUGUCAUCACCCGUGACAUCCACCGCACCUUCCCCGCACACGACUACUUCAAGGACUCUGAUGGAGAUGGACAGGAUUCACUGUACAAGAUCUGCAAGGCCUACUCUGUCUAUGAUGAGGAAAUUGGUUAUUGCCAGGGUCAGUCGUUCCUUGCUGCUGUUCUCCUGCUGCACAUGCCUGAGGAACAGGCCUUCUGUGUGUUGGUGAAAAUCAUGUAUGAGUAUGGCCUCAGAGCUCUCUACAAAAACAACUUUGAGGAUCUUCACUGCAAGUUCUACCAGCUGGAGAGGCUGAUGCAGGAACAGCUUCCAGACCUGUGGUCCCACUUCCAGGGGCUGAACCUGGAGGCACACAUGUAUGCUUCCCAGUGGUUCCUCACCCUCUUCACUGCCAAGUUCCCCCUGUGCAUGGUUUUCCACAUCACUGACCUGCUGCUCUGUGAGGGUCUGAACAUAAUCUUCAAUGUAGCCCUUGCCCUGCUCAAGACGUCUAAAGAGGACCUCUUGCAGGCGGACUUCGAAGGGGCUCUCAAGUUCUUCAGAGUCCAGCUCCCUAAACGCUACAGAGCUGCAGAGAACGCCCGCAGGCUUAUGGAGCAAGCCUGCAACAUCAAGGUUCCAACCAAAAAGCUGAAGAAGUUUGAGAAGGAAUAUCAGACACUGAGAGAGAGCCAGCUGCAACAAGAAGACCCCAUUGACCGAUACCAGAGGGAGAACCGUCGUCUUCAGGAGGCCAGUAUGCGACUGGAACAGGAGAAUGACGACUUGGCCCAUGAACUGGUCACCAGUAAGAUUGCCCUUCGAAACGAUCUUGACCAGGCAGAAGACAAGGCCGAUGUUUUGAACAAAGAGCUGCUGAGCACCAAGCAACGUCUGGUGGAGACGGAGGAGGAGAAGAGACGACAGGAGGAGGAGACGGCUCAGCUGAAGGAAGUGUUCAGGAGGGAGCUAGAAAAAGCUGAGCUCGAGAUCAAGAAAACCACAGCGAUCAUAGCAGAAUACAAACAGAUCUGCUCCCAACUGAGCACCAGGCUGGAAAAACAGCAGGCGGCAACAAAAGAAGAGCUGGACAUCGUCAGGAGUAAAGUAAUGGGCUGUGAGCACUGUAGGGACCUGUUCAGCACCCUGGGGUCCCUCCAGGCAUCGUCCCCCGGCAGGGAUAAGACAUCCACUGAGCCGCUGGACGAGGAAAAGGACGGACUGAAGGAGCAGCUGAGGCAUCUGGAGCUGGAGCUGGCACAGACCAAACUGCAACUAGUAGAGGCCAAGUGCCGCAUCCAGGAACUCGAGCACCAGCGGGGAGUCCUGAUGAACGAGAUCCAGGCGGCCAAGAACUCUUGGCUCAGCAAGACUCUGGGCUCCCUGAAGAGCUCUGCCUCCUCUUCCUCCAGCUCCACGUCCCAGACCCCGUCCUCUCCUAAGGAGGGCCCUGCCUAGACGACCCUCCCUCCAUCUCCCUGUCCCUUGCAGGAUGCACACUAGAGCUGAGGAACACCAGUUGAAGAAACAAGCAGUGGAGAAAUGCAGUAUUCCUUUUUUCAGCCGGUGGCAAAGCAGAGCUCACCUGCUUCUUGGACUGCAAAUAACUGAAAAGAUGACGGAGGAAACAGGCGGGGGACUGGACCAGCCACACGUCUUUCACUUAUUUUACAUUUGAGUGAACUAAAAAGUGACUGUUUACCUUCUCUGCUUCACAGGUGAUGGUGAGGCAUCAGUGAGGCUUGAAGUUGAUUUAAAGUUCAGUGCUUGUUGCUGAUACUGUUUUGGUGAGUUAGAUCUCUUAAACCUCAUUAUAAGAAAGCUGAAUUAACUCACACAGUGGCAUCCCUCAUGUAGGUCAAUAAUUUAGCUCCACCCUGUGGCCAGGCAUUGCUACUGCAGAGUUAUAGUCAUUUUAUCUGUGUGAGAUUAUGUUUUUAGGUAGCUGAGAAUUAAACCUGCAUACACUGUCCUCAUAAUUUGGACAGUAUUUUCAAUGAUAGUGAUGCAGCUACAGAUGCAGAGAUAUUACAAGAUAACUGCAUAGAAAAUAUAGUGAUCUUCAUUAACCAUCUUCAGUGCAGCAAAGCCACAGCACUCUGAAAAAGGAAUACUGCAUUCAGAGUCUUAAACAAGAACAACACAAAAAGUUGUAUUUCUUUAUAGUAAUAUAACGUAAACAAUGUUGUCAUAUAAAUAUGUAUAACUAAUUAUUGAUUUUUGUAAUAAUCUUGUACAGUUCUUUAAGAGAAGAAAAAAAACGCAAGGAAAAGUUUUUGUUAAUUUUUUUUUUUUACUGUUUGGAAUUUGAAUGUCAUCUCUUUAGAUGUUGACGUAAGCACAGUGUGUGAUCAAUCUGGUCGAGUCCAAAAGCUGAAGAAUCAAAGUGACAACCUGUAGAGAUCUUAAUGUGCUUAAUGUCCCGACUGUUUCUUCAGUCAUGUGUUGAACUGACUCAGUGUGUGUAAUAUUACCUGAUAUAUAUAUCACUAAAGUUUUUUUUUAUCCCAGUUCCAGCUCAUGCCUGUAAGUAUUUAAUUGGCAUUUUUAUUUUUUCUGUGUCGCUACAUGCAGAUUUCUUGUUUGGUUAGCUGUGAUCACAACAGAAAUGGGCUCUCUUUGCCCUUUCUGUCUCUUUCAUCCAAUGAUUCAGUUGGAAUUAGUAUAACAAAAUGCCACACAUCUUCGGUGAUGUAGUAAUACGUCUCCGAAAUGGUUUAAAAAAAAUGUACAAGCUACAGAUUGACCUUGGUUGUAUAUUUUUAAGCUUUGAAAAUGUUUUUAAAUCUACCCGUUAAUCUCGUUGUUUUAAGUUGCACCAACUGUCUCUGGUGUCUGCAAGCAGUUAUUAUAGUUAGAAAUAUCAGGGCAUGUUUUUUUUAUUUCAGAAGAAGCCAUUUUCUGGCAUUUGUUAUUUCCUGACUGAAAAGAGCCAGAUAAUCCAUCACCGUAAUUAUGGAGAAACUGAGUGUAUCUGUCUGUCUGUUAUGCAAUGCUAUGCAGACAACACCCACAGGAUGUAUUGGAAGUCUUCACCCCUUCAUACCUGUUACUGUCAUCAAAAUUCACUGUGGAUACCAGAGUCAGCACAUUAAAUUAGGUAAUUUUAUAAUGCAGUGUAGGCUCUAAGGUAUUUGUUACAUAGCACAAUUCAUCCCUAAAUAAACGCCUAGCAUAACAUUAAUAAGGAAGAUUAAGUUGCAAUAUUCCCCCAUCAUUGCCAAACAGUCCUGAGGCCAUGUGCACGGCUGUGCCAACACCUUCUUUGUCCUUUGCUGGGUUAAAACACACUUUUUAAUUUAUUCUUUACACAAUGAGAACAGCAUGUGGAUACCUAAUACUUCCCUCUGUCCAUGGUGGACUGUUGGUUGGCUGUGUUGCUCACUUUAGUAUAAACUGUAUUGAAUGAUACCAGCCAACUAGUAGCAUCUUGAAAGUGUGAACUUAAAUCAGGUCUAAAGUUUAAAAGUAAGAUGAUGUGCAGGUACAUCUGACAGUUUUCUGUAAGAAGUAAGUAAAUUCGCAUAUGCUUGAAAAUUAACAUCUCACUUAUAGUUUCAUAGGAUUACGUUAUCUUUAGCAAGGGAAGGUGCCUCAUGUAAAAUAGCAAAAAAGAUCAAAUUGAAUACAUGAGCUAUUUUGAUUUUAAAAGAAAAAGAAAAAAACAACUACUAAUACUUCAUACUUCUUACAUUACUUACAUUACUAGUUCCUAAUAUCAACAGGAAGUGUGAGGACCACAGCCAGUGAUAUUAGGACACAAAUAUGAUUUUGCUAUCUGUGUACUAAGUUGACAAACACAAUUAGCCAAAACGUCUGUGUUUUGUUUUAACAUGAAUGCAUGUUAGCAGGCAGAGAGCUGCAGUGUAGAUGCCAAAUGUUCUGCUUUAUUCUCCACUCUGGUUGUCACUGAAAUCAGCCUUUGGACUCUGACCAAGCCCAUGUGUACUCGUUUGUGUGUGAGUGUUUUUGGAUGUGUGUAUGUAUGUGUGUGUUCUGCACUGUAACUCAAGUGGUUAAAGUUGAAAUGGUUUUUUCUUCACGUGGCUGCCUUUUCUGUUGAUGACUGAAGCCGUUGGCUGAUGAGAGGAAAGCCAUCUUACUGUUUGAAAUGUCAGAGAGCGUCAGCUGUGCCAUAAGAGCCUCCCCUCUGCUCCGUCCCCAAUGAUCUUCCUCUGUGCUCCCAACGACCUGAACCAAACUCACCAACAACCAUGUCAUCUGAUCAUAUAAACAGAACUGCUGAAUAUCAUUUUCAGCAGCCUGUUUCACACAUUUCCACCAGGAGCCUCCCGGUACAACCACUGUCCUUUCGCUGGUGGCCACUGAGCAGCUCCACUGGAGGAAAUGCACCAAUAUAAUUUCCAGGACAUUCCUUCUUCACUAUCGUGCAUCAUUCUUGUUGGUCAUGUGUGACAGUUACAAAGUCGUACAGCCAGUUUAUUGUAAACUGGGGCCAAGUUGGAGAGAUCUCCCUGUCUUUUAUGUGCACUAAAGCAACAUUAUUUUAAACACUAUUUCAAGAAAUGUGUUUGUUUGUUUAAAAGUUAUUCUGAUCACAGAGCUUAAUUCUUUUUUUAACUGAUUAUUGUCGCUGAGAGGACAGCUGCCAAUUUAUAAUCCACUCUAAUCACAGUUCAUUUCAAUGAUGCAAAAGCAGGCGGUGAGUCGGGUUAGAGGUGUGUUGUGUAGUUUACAGUUUGCUGUAAUACCACAGUCCUGUUACACAGGGAGGGGCUGGUCCGACUCAACACUGUUUGCUGUACUGUUUGACCUGCAUUAAUAAAUCUCCGUUUUUCUGUUCA